CUUCACCCUCUCCCUCUCUCUCCACUGCCAGCCUGGUCCUCGUCUAUAUCUACACCGCUUCUGCCGUCCUCAUUAUUGUCCUCCCCCUCCGCACAAUCGUUCCGCAAGAUAUUUCCAGGAUCGACAGCAGACGGCAGGACUUAAACACGAGUGUCCAUGCUUGGGAUCUACCGCUAUUAGCCAAUAGUAGCGGCUGGACGGCACGAAUUGACCUGUGACUUGCAGCUGAAAUCCGAAUCCCCACCACUGGCAUUUGGUGAAAGUCAAAACCACAAGCCCUUCGGUUUCUCAUCCUGCGCUUCCCGGCUUCCACCUUUCUCAGCUACGAGGAAUCUCUUACUGUAGAGAGACACACACUGCAACAACACCUCGAUGAGCGUUCUGACAGUAGUUGGGUCUAACAUCCCAGAUCCAACACUCCCUUACGACUAUUCACGCCCGCACCCUCCUAAUCCUGCCACAUUACCAGUCCGGACCGCCCAUUCUACGCCUCCAGGCGCUUACACCCGGACCGAACGCAGGACCUACAAUCCGACAACAAUUCCUCAGUCAACAUCCUCACCUAGACUGAGCAGCCACCAGCACUCUCGAACUAUCUCUUCCGGUACCAACGCCGCCGCUCCCUUCCGACAGCCCUCCUCUUCAACCUCGCAACCUCUUCCGGCUCACUCACGAGUCACCUCAUCCUCACACUCCCGCCAAUCUUCCGCCUCUCACAACAUGAACAUGCAGCGACAAGGCACCACCGCGUCGGCUAACAGCCUCCCACGACGCUCUACGUCGGGGCGCUCAAUCGCGACGAACAGUCCUACCUCAUAUGUCGCUCUGAUGCGAAAACAAAAGGCCACAGUGUGGUGCGACCGAGCCCAGAGUACGGACCCUCGGUUAGCAGCAGCACAAAAGGCCGCCAAACAGAGAGCUGCACUUGAGGUGCAAAGUGUCAACAAUUCCGGUCGUACAAGCACCAUAAAUUCAGGCGGGGUUGUGGGCAAGAUCAGACACGGCGGCGUGCCAAAAGCUCCUGGUUAUGUCCCGGCCAAUUUGAAUGGAGCGUCGGUACCGCUCCGGCUCAGCGCGAACGAAAUGUUGGGGGACGACGAAGAAGCUCAGAGUUUGGGAGACAACAGCAUGAGACACGCUCGAACAGGGAGCGGUCGAAGCAGUACGAACAGCGCCAAAUACCGCAGUGGAUAUCCCAGACCGGAUCAAGGCCGUUUCAGCAGUACGAGCACGCCUCCCAAUGGCGAAACCUCCCCCAGUCGAGGUAUUCCAGAACAUUCGGAAGAAACGCCAGCCAGCAAGCAGGAAGAUCGAGACGACGAAGAUUCUUUUGGUGAAUUGAAAGAUCUCUCUGGACCCAGUUCUGUGCAAAGAGCAAUGGAACAGGCUAAAGUGGCCGAAGACCUACGGCGGCGUGGCAGCGUCGACGAACGGACAAUGAGUAUGGGAGCAGGUGUUCGAUUAUUCGUGGCGAACCCUGAUAUUGAGGAUUGAUCAUGACGGUUGUUGGUUCUUCUCUUUUCAAUUCAACCCGGCUUGUUAUACAGCUACGGAUACGGAUUUCCUUUUUUCUUCUUCUGGGGCGCCAGGGUGAACCUGUGAAGGGGAGUUCUUUAUUUAUUUUUUUGGCUCGCAACAAGUCGAAUGAUCCCCCUUUUGGCCAGAGAAAGGGGAGUAUUAAUGGCGAUAAUGAAGGUUUUCAAUGGGGCACGAAAGGUGGUUUUAUGUGAUUGUGUUGUGGUCGGGCGUGAUUGAUGUUCAACCGAAAUUGAUCACAAUGAUGGGUGGGAAUUUCACCUUGUUCACUGAGAAACUGCCUUUUUUCUUAGCUGGGCUAAGAUGAGUCGACUACCUUACCUCUACCUAGGUAAGGUAGGUAGUUUCGAAACGAUGGUUCUGUCCUGGACUCCAGACCCAAGGGAAGAAAUGCCUUGGGUUAGAGAAUACCUACCUAAUGGAAACAAGGAAAUUAUACCUCCAA